CCUCGAGCGCUUCCGUUGGUUGUGCUGGAUGCAUGGUACAGGGCUAACGUAGCCCUGGCUCAUAAACUGAAAGGAACCUACUUGUUGUAACAGAGUGCCAUAAAUUUGGAGAAUAAUAACCGAGAAGGUGUGUCGUUUUUAUCUCUCCAUUUCGGCAAAAAUCUUUAACAGACUGACGACAAAAACCAGCUGUUAACACAUUAGUGGUUGAUGAAUAUCAGCACAGCAAAGCACCACCAAACGGUGCUUACAGCUAGCAGUGGCUAACGUCAUCCCCGCUAUUAGUAAAUGUUUCUAUACUUCUGACGCACCAGUAGUUUUGUGUGACUUCGCUAUAUUGCGCGUUUUUGCCGUAAAUGGGUGACUCGGACAGUGUAGCCGAGAGUCGGCGCAUUUUGUGCGGAACAGAGGCUUGCUUGUUGGUGCGGAUAACGUUGUGCUCGGCGGCUAACAAUAGCUGCAUACCGUUGCAAGCUAAUUAACCGUUAACAAAACCUUGUAGCCUUUCGUUGUGAACAAUUUCUCAUCAAAACACGUGCUGACUUUACGUUAUACUAGAAUACAACCUUCUUCACCCUUAUCUGAAACCACCUCCCCCGUUUUUUUUUGUUUGUUUUUUUUUAACCCAAAACCCUUCAGGCUUGGGGGGGUCACGCGUUAAAAACAGAUCACUCUGAAUGGGAUGCCCGCGCAACUGUAGAAGAAAUUAUCUAUCUGCGGGAAGACUCAUUGGAUUCUCUGCUGCCCGUCCUUGGUGCACAGAUGAGUGAAGAAGCAGCAGGAGAGAGUAAGCACCCUGCCAGUGAGGCAGUGGAGGAGGAGGAGGAGGAGGACAAGGGGGAAGACACCGUAGAGAGUCCCAAAACAGACAAUCCCUCUGAGGAACCACCAGCACCCUCAGAUGACCCCAAAGAGGCAGCCGAGAUAAGCUUGGUCCCCCCAGUAGAGGCCAAAGAGGAGGAGGAGGAAGGUAAGCCUGCUGGCGAGCCUCCAAUGGACUGGUUCGAACCGCUUGAAGAUGAUGAUGAUGAUCCAGAUGAAGAAAGCCUGGCAGGAGAGACCGAGAGCAUAGCAGGCAGCGAGAGAGCCACAAGACAUCUUUAUCAGAUUUACGGGUAUCGACGUAAGCGCGCUCAUCCUGAAGAGGGAUGGGUCGAGUGGCCGGUGCUCGGACAAGGUUGGAAGCGCAAAGAGGUUGUUCGACGCUCAGGCUCCAGCAUCGGCCAGAAGGACGUGUAUUAUCUAAGUCCACGGGGUGAUCGAGUGAGGAGCAGAGUAGAAUUAGCUACGGUGCUCCAGGGAACCGACUUGACCCAGUUUGAAUACAAGAGCGGCAAGUUCGUGGAAGGGGAAAUCCCACCAGUGAGAGGUCGACCCAGAACGAAGAAACGCUAUCGGGACCGGUCCUCCUCAGAGUCCAGCUGGAUGGACAGAGGAGAUGGGGCAGAGACUCCAGACUCCCACCACCGGCUGACCCCGAACAUCACGCCCAGGAACCUCCACAGCAACCAGACGAGCGUCUCGCUGAACAGCUCGACAGGGGAGUCGAAGCAGAGCCCCAACUCCGAGGAAAAGCAGUCGGAGGAAAAAAUCCGGCUCCCUUUCCCCUCGUCGUCUCGUCCCCUCUCGUUGCCUUCGAUCAAGGGAGAAUUUGGAUCGGAAGAGAGCACCCUGAUCUGUGCAAAGUGUGGUAUUUCGUUUACAGGUACAUGGUAUGACAAACAAAGAAAGCGGCCAUGCUGUCCCUCCUGCUGGGCAACGUCAAAGUCGAUAGAGCACCCGCUGAUCCGCUUCAGGAAGUGGAUUCCCUGUGGACAGUGCGUGGGAUGUCACAAUGCCAUUGACUGCGGUCAGUGUGCAAACUGCAAGCAUGGACUGCAGAGCCCCGAAGCCAGAAAACGCCUGUGUCGAAAACGCAGGUGCAUAUGUCCGAUACGCAAGCAAAGCCCAGGAAGCGUAAAUGUAACUUACAAGAGAUCUUUUGUUGACCCUGUUGACACGUAUGAAGAUAGUAAUGAUGUCACAGAGUCACAGCAUCCAAGUCUCAAAAGCAGCGACACGGAGAACUUCUCGGCGAACGUGGACCUCGACGAUGACGACAUGUCGACAGACGACGACGAUGACUGGCAUAAAAAGCGGAAGCGACGUUCCUGUGGCGAGUGUAAGGCCUGUCUGUGCAGGAAAGACUGCGGCGUGUGCGAUUUCUGCAUAGAUAAACCCAAAUUUGGAGGCAGCAACAAGAAAAGGCAGAAGUGUCGUCUACGGCAGUGUCAAAGGCAAGCGAUGAGACAUUUGCUGCCCUUCCAGAUGGCAGGAGCUGAGUUGGGGCUGGAUGCCCCUCUGCUGCCCGGCAGGCCCAGACCUCACUACACGUACAGCCGCAAGUCCAGCUUAAAGAGAAGCCAAGACCAGCAGGCUGACAUGGACUACACCGACGACGAUGAUGACGACGACGAGGACAGCAAUCCACAACCGCUGAAUCAUUCCGAUUUUGGGGUGCGGAACGGCGUGCCGGAUCGAUUCCCUCACAUCAGCAAUCAUAACUACUCCCAACCAGACCAUCAAAGUCAGUGGGAUACAGAGAAAUCGCACACAGGCAGAAAUGCCCCAAAGCACAUGGAAGAUGACGAGGACGAGUUCCCCAUGAUCACACAGAUCUUCAGCCUGGCUGAGAAUCCGGUGGAGAGCGGCGUGGACCUGGAAAACCAGCUGAUGAAGCUGCUCCACUCGCUCCGCUCCUCCGUGCUGCCCAUCCUCUGGUACGCCAUCAUGGUGGAGGGCCCGCAGCUGCAGCUCAUCCAGUGCUCCAAGCAGUCCAACAUGGCCGACACCAUAGUGCUGAUCGACCCGGGCUUCUGCUACCAGGUCACCGUCCAGAAGCAGCCGCUGCUGCCCAUCCACCCGCUCUACGACAUCCACCCGUCGCGGCUCGGCACGGCCACCGACGUGGUCAGUCUGCUGCUGUCUCUGGAGCGGUAUGUCGUGUGCCAGGGACUCCCCACCAAGCAGUUGCUGUUUGACAAAGGGCCGAUCGUCCUGGAGCGGGCAGCCACGUGCGACUUCCUGAUCAAGAAGAACGAGCGGAUCUGCGCGUGCUGCAAAGCACUACAAGAACUUCAAAUCCAUCACAGAGAGUGAAAAAACACAGUUGGAUGGAAGCAGUGACUUCUUCUUCUUUUUUUUUGUUUUUUUCUAUUUUGUGCCAUUUUCUUUUUCUUUUUUUUCACUAUAUUGUACAGUUGAGAGACAAUUUGACAGACUUACCUCUGGACUGUGAUAGUAUGUUUUACCUUUUUGAAAAUCACCAAAGGAAUUCCAGGAGCUGUAUGAGUGUGUGUAUAUAUAUGUACAUUUUUUUUCACAUUUUUAUCACACUGGUGUUCUCUUCUUUUUUUUUUUUCUAAACAACUGUCUGUGUGGCUGUGUGUUUUGGCAGUGUGUGGGAUUGUGUAUUUUAAUUUCCCAUGGUGCAUUUGUCUCUUACUUGAAAAAAAUGGCCCCUCUUCUACUACUGCUACUACUACAUAUUUGAAUAGCCAGUCCUCAGACAAAUUGAUACUUUAGGCAGUUUUUCUCGCUGGCAACUUUGGUCUCCGUGCUUGUUUCCGUGCUACACCAGUGUUUAAGAAUAAUGGAGUUAAACAGCGGUUGGAUUCUGAUUGGAAAAAAAUGUAAUUUGCAAAUUGGACAGUUUGUAACUCUAGUUUGCCAGUCUAACGUCAUGUUACCAUCUCGCUCUAAUUUCUGUUUCGUACCCUCUUACUUACCGUUGAUUGAUUGCAUUUUAGAGUAGUAUCUUCUUUAUUUUAGAGGCAAGUAAACAUGAUAUCAUGAUAUCAUGCAGAUAUUAUUUGCAGUAGUCCCAUAAAUAACGUUGUUGUGGAUCACAUAAAUUUACUUUGUAUCCUUUGCUGUAACAAAGAAUACAAAUGGAGACAUUCUUGGUAGGAAACGACCAGCCCGCUUCCUUUGUCAUGUAGCAGUUUUUUUUUUCUUUCUCUCUCUUUCCAAUCCUUUUAUUUUCAAGAAACCGUUUGCUUAUUGUUGGGUUUGUCUUUUGAAAUGUCUCCAGCACACUUUCCCUUGACGUAUGCCAUUGCAAAACAGCCUGCGCGAGUUCGGCCGUCGGGAGAAAGAAACUUGCAAGUUCGUCAAGUAAGAAUGUGUUUUAAAAAAAACCGGUAGCAGUUUGGCAGUGAGUGAGUUGCUCCUGAAAGAAACAAAACACUACCUCUCCAUGUUAUUAUCUCGUCCGGUCACUUCCUGACCCGAAAACAGAGUGGGACUUUUUUUUUUUUCUUAAGAAAACAGUUGUCACAUUUAAGCUGAAAGAUGUGCAACUUAAAUGGUGUGGUGAAAACCCAUGAAAGAUUAUAAUUUGGAGGGGCUCUGGCAGAUGUUUUUUGCACAAAGGGUAGCAUAACGUCAAGUUGAGGAUAUUUGUAUGUAAUUGUUCUGAGGGCCUGUUUACUGUGUGUGUGUGCGUGCGUGAAUACUCCAAAGUGAUGUCCUUAAAUGAAGGUGCUGUUGGAGUCCAGUCAUCAGGCAGAUGAUCCCGUUCAAAAACCUUGAUGAAGCUGAAUUCUUUAGACACUUUUUCCCUCAUUUGCAACCAUGGCUAAUAAAAAUAUUUUAAAUUAUUUAAUAGAGUUUAAAACAAUCUGAUCUUUUUUUUUUUCAGUUUUUUUUCUGCUGCCCCUGCCGUCUGCUUUGGGAUGUUUGUGGAAAAACUCAGUGACUUUUUUGACAAUGUGAAACUUUAUGCAUUUUCAACAUAUGUAUUUUGGUUAUCAUGUUUUCUUCAAUUACUUUGUGUAUAUUUGAUACUUUAAAAUUCUAUUGUAAUUUAGUCAUCGGAGGAAAUCAUAUUGGAAGAGUUGGAUCAAAGACUUUUAAAUCAGUACGCAAAAUUUAGUUGUUGGUUUUUCUACGGAUCAUGUGUUCUGAUCAUGAGAGCGAGGAACUUAUUGUGCUCAAUUUGGAUUAAUUAUUGUAUUUGGAGACAGAAAAUGUUUUUUUUUUGUUAUUAAUAAAAGAAUUAAAUUGUGACUUUGCUUUCUGUA